CUCUCAAGUUGACACCUUGCAGCAAUGACGACCAUCCACCCGGAGUCCACUGAGGACUUCGAGUUUAUUCAGACGCCGGAGGCUCCUCAGCAGACCAAGCCGGACUUCGACUGUGGCGUCCCAACCACCCUGUACCCGGCUAUUAAGAAUGCCCCCGUCCCCGCCGACUCCCCUGGCAGUGACAGCUUCUCCAAUGGCUUGAUGAUCGCCCUCAUUCUGGUCGUGCCCUGGUGGCUGGCUCGUCAAGUUGGUGGAGGCUUCUACACCACCAUCUUCUUUGCGAUCUUCACCACUGUUCCCGUCCUCGUGGCUUUCUGGAGUGUCUCUUCUUCCAUCUCUCCCCGCAAGACCGAAAAGGCCAAGUACUGUGGUCGUCCCGUCGAGUACUACCUGAACUUCCACAGCGAGCAUGACCGUGCCACCUACCGCGGCAAGAGCAAGAUCCCUAUGGAAGUCUUCUAUGAGAAGUACUUCAACAGCGAGGUUGACUUCAAGGUUGAUGCUCUUGAGGCUCUUGAGUACCGUCACGAUUGGGCCAACUUCAAGUUCACCACGGGUCUGUUCAAGCACUUCCUAUUCGGCUUCAUCCCUGAGAUGCUGCUGCACACUCGUUCCCAGGACGAGGAGCAGGUCCGUGACCACUAUGACCGAGGUGACGACUUCUACGCUUGGUUCCUCGGCCCCCGCAUGAUCUACACCUCCGGUAUCAUCAGUGACAUCAACCGCGAAGAGUCCCUUGAGGAGCUGCAGGAUAACAAGCUUGCUGUUGUCUGUGAGAAAAUUGGUAUUAAGCCCGGUGACAAGAUGCUUGACCUCGGCUGUGGCUGGGGUACUCUUGCCAAGUACGCUUCCGUUCACUACGGCGCUCAGGUUACCGGUAUCACUCUCGGCCGCAACCAGACUGCUUGGGGUAACAACGGUCUCCGCAAGGCUGGCAUUGAGGAAUCUCAGAGCCGUAUUGUUUGCUCCGAUUACCGUGAUUCUCCCCGUGUUGAGGGCGGUUACCAAAAGAUCACCUGUCUCGAGAUGGCCGAGCACGUCGGCGUUCGCCAUUUCUCUACCUUCUUGUCGCAGGUUUACGAUAUGCUUGAGGAUGAUGGUGUCUUCUUCCUCCAGAUCGCUGGUCUCCGCAAGUCCUGGCAGUACGAGGACCUCAUCUGGGGUCUGUUCAUGAACAAGUACAUCUUCCCUGGUGCCGAUGCUUCUACCCCUCUUGGCUUCGUUGUCGAUCGUCUUGAGGGCGCCGGCUUCGAGAUCAAGGGUGUGGACACCAUCGGUGUCCACUACUCUGCCACCCUCUGGCGCUGGUACCGAAACUGGAUGGGCAACAAGGACAAGGUUGAGGCUAAGUACGGAAAGCGCUGGUUCCGCAUCUGGGAGUACUUCCUUGCUUCUUCCACCAUCACCUCCCGCCAGGGUGGUGCUACCUGCUGGCAGCUUACCCUCGUCAAGAACAUCAACUCCACCCACCGUGUUGAGGGUAUUCACAACCAGUUCGCCCUCACUGGCGCCCGCCAAGCCGCCAUUGACCGCGCCAACGGCACUCUGCCCAAGGCUCACAUCAUCAAGAAGGACCUGUAAAUCAUUUACUAGCGCCCGU